ACGAAGUUUACCCAAACAUGAGUUUAGCCGUCGGUCGAGCACCGCGAAAGACGGCGGGAAACCGUAUGUCUAAAUUAUUAGACGCGGAAGAAGAUGACGAAUUCUACAAAACGACUUACGGCGGAUUCAACGAUGAGUCGGGCGACGACGAGUACAAGGGCGACCAGUCGGAGACGGAGGACGAGGUGGACAGCGACUUCGACAUCGACGAGGGGGACGAGCCCGACAGCGACCAGGAGGAGGACGAGCCGCGCAGGAAACGGCGUGUGGUCACCAAGGCCUACAAGGAGCCCAUCAAGGUGGUCAAGCCCAAGCCCAAGCCGAAGAGGCCAUCUGCGCCACCCAGCGGGUCGGUCAAGGAGAAGGAGGAGAAACAGGAACCCCUGGAGUUGCAGGAUGACAUAGGAGAGAGUAAGACCCCUGCUUCUUCUUCCUCUGUUCUUUUUCGGGUUUUUCUUCACAGCCCUGAUAACGUUCCUGUCAUUGAAUGCUGUCAGAACUACGAGCGCCUGGAGGCGGACAAGAAGAAGCAGGUCCACAAGCGGCGGCGCUGCGACGGCCCCACCAUCCGCUACCACUCCGUGCUCAUGCCCCUGCUGUCCGACACGCACCUCAAGGAGGAGAACGUGGACGUGGAAGGGCUGGACCAGGACACCCAGCAGCCGGCGGCGCCGCCCCCUCUCGCCCCCACGCUCUCGGAGCCCCCGCAGCAGGCCGCCCAGCCCCCCGGGGGGAAGUGCGCCCGCGCCUUCAUCACCUUCAGCGACGACGACACCUUCCAGGGCGUCUUCCCCCGGCCGCGGCCCCUGCGGCCGCCGGCCCGCGAGAUCUGCCCCGUCACGCACAAGCCGGCCCUCUACCGCGACCCCAUCACCGACAUCCCCUACGCCAACAUCCGGGCCUUCAAGAUCAUCCGCGAGGCCUACAAGAAGUACGUGGCCGCCCACGGGCUCCCCAACACCAGCGGCAGCCUCCCGGGGGACCCCGGGGCCCGGGGCCCCCGCCAAAAGAUCAUCAUUAAGCAGAGCAUGUCCGCCACAUAGCUGGGCUGCUGUCGGGGGGGGGGUGGAGGGACAGCGGAGAAAAGACUGCUGGGACGGAUGGGAUGGCGAUAGGAUCCACAUGAACUCUUGACAGCGGCCCUGUGCCUUCGCCGGCGUAGGCUUCCCUCGGGCUCCAUCACCCCAAACCCCUACGCACCCCCGGGGGUCACCCUGUCCAGCUCUGUGGGCUGCCAUCCGCCUGCUGACCCGGCUGCUCGGGCAUUGCGAAGGGGAAUGCGUUCAAGACCAAGUGUUGAGAAAACCACAGCACAG